UUAAAAAAUAACCCUCCUUUCUCUGGAGAACUAGGCUCCUCCUGAGAGCUCACUGCAACUGUUUUUAAACCUGGAUCAGUCAACACCAUCGAGUUCCCAGUUGGCAGGUGUGAGGGUUUUUCAAACUUUUAAGUAUUCCAAAAUUGUCUCCAUAUUGGAAGCUGUUCAAGCAAGUGGACACUGUUCUAAAGCGUCUCUGAUGAUGAGGUAUCCAUCUGGAUUUAAAACACAUCUCUGAGCUUCUUAAUUCUUCAUUAAAGAGAUGUGUUCUAUAUUCAUGGGAUGCUUUAACACCUGAAGACAAAUGUUUCAUCAGAAGCACUAAUGGCUGUUGGCAUGCCUUGGAUAAGGUGGUGACUGCUGGAUGUCAUUUGUUUCUGUUCACUGCAGAGAGACAAAAUUGACUCCAUUUGGAGUUGAGAGCAAAAGCAGAACAGACCUCUCAAGAUGACUGAUCCUAUGAUGGAUUUUUUUGAUGAUGCCAAUCUUUUUAGUGAGACCUUAGAAGGUUUGUCAGAUGAUGCCUUUGUUCAACCUGGACCUGUUUCACUUGUUGAUGAAUUGAAUUUGGGUGCAGAAUUUGAACCUUUGCACAUAGACUCACUGAACCAUGUGCAAGAUGCUCAAAAUCAACAAAAGAUGAGUGAGUUUGAUCAGCUGAAUCAGUAUGAUUCACUGAAGCUUCACUCAGUAAAUCAGUCUUUUAAUAGCUCAGCUGACAAUGUCUUAUCACCACACUCUCAAUUCAAUUGUUCACCAGUUCAUCCGCAAAACCAGUCCAAUGGGAUGUUUCCAGAUGUGGCUGAUGGUAGUCCUAUGUGGGGUCAUCAAACUGCCACAACUGUUUCAAAUCAAAAUGGGUCCCCUUUUCACCAAGGACAUUCUCAGUCUAUGCAGCAAAACAAAAGCUUUGUAGCACACCAUGACUUUGCCUUAUUUCAGGCUAAUGAACCACAGCAUCAGUGUGCCUCACUACGGCCGCAGCAGAGCAGGAACAACACGGGGCAGGAUGCUCUGAGUCAGCCAAAAGACUUCAUGGAAGUUAACGUGUCUACUUCCCUCAGAGUCAGUGUUAACCACCCACCUUCAGUUUCUAAUCCAUCGACUUCACAGCAGCCUCUGUCCGUUCAACAGUUUUCUCAAAAUGCAAGUGCUUCAAUACAUUUUUGUGGGAAUCAAGAAGGAAAUUUUGAUGGACAGUCCCCAACUAUUACUCCAUGUUCUGUCAGUAAUAGUCAACAAUUUUCAUCUCCAUAUUCCUACUCUAAUAACCGCAUUUCUCCUACCAGCCUUCUUCAGCCUACAACAGCUCUUUCUACUAGCCAGCAGACACACUCUAUCUCUGAUUUCACUGGAAGCGAUGCCUUUACAUCUCAAACAGGGACCAAGCAAGAAACAACUGAGCACAUGUUGAAUCCUAAUACACCUUUGAAUUCAAGUACUUUUCAAAUGUUGCAUUCUGCGCAUCCUCAGGGCAACUUUAGUAGUUCAAAACUCUCUCCUGUGAAUAUUAAUUUUUCAGCUUCCACUAGUUCUGCUUCUCAGAUAAGCCAUUUCACCGACCCUAUUGAAAGCAAUGGUUUUACAUCUUUAGAUGAUAACUUACUUCAUCAAGUGGAGACUCACAGUGAACCAUUCACAGGACUUGACCCGGAUGACCUCCUGCAGGAAGACCUUCUGCCACAGUUCGAUGACUCUGCGUUUGUUCAGGAUAGCACAAGCCAUGUUUUAGAGCAUGACCUAGAACACCACAUAACCCCACAGCAAGUGACACCGUCAUCUGAACUCGUUCGGGCACCGUCUCAAACUCAGAUCCAUCCUUGGCAUUCUUCAGUUUCUAAUCAGCACCUGCAAGGCAGAAGUCGUGCAACCUUACAAGGGCAGCCUCCUUCCAAGAAGACUGAUGGUUCAGGAUCAUAUACUAAGUUGCAGAAUACCCAGGUGAGGGCAAUGUCAGAAAAGAAGCAGAAGAAAAAAACGGACUCAGAAAGUAAACAAGAGAAGGCAAAUCGCAUAAUAUCUGAAGCAAUUGCAAAGGCAAAAGAGAGAGGAGAGAGAAACAUUCCACGAGUAAUGAGCCCUGAAAACUUCCCCAGUGUUUCAGCUGAAGGAAAAGAAGAAAAGAAGGGUAGAAAAGUUAAAUCCAAACCAAAGGAUAAGGAGAGCAAAAAGCCGAAAACUGGUUCCUCAUCCAAAAUUAAAGAGAAGACAAAAAUUGGAAAGCUGAUCAUCACCCUGGGCAAAAAGCAGAAAAGGAAAAACGAGUCUUCAGAUGAAUUGUCUGAUGCUAAGCAGACUCCACAGCGGCCACUGAAAGAUGAAGACUCACAGAAGAGAAGAUCAAAUCGGCAAGUUAAAAGGAAAAAAUACGCUGAAGAAGGGGAAGGGAAACAAUCAGAAGAGGAAGCAGCUAAAGUUUCUGUUAAAAUCAAAAAGAAUUCUGCUCCUUUACCUGCUGAACAGCCUUUACAAUUAUUUGUGGAAAAUCCAAGUGAAGAAGAUGCAGCAAUUGUAGAUAAAAUCUUAUCCUCCAGGGUAAUAAAGAAAGAAGUAUCUGCUGGGAUGACAGUAGACACAGAAGAGUUUUUUGUAAAAUACAAGAACUACUCAUAUCUCCACUGUGAGUGGGCCACAGAACAACAGCUUUUAAAGGAUAAAAGAAUCCAGCAGAAAAUAAAGCGAUUCAAAGUAAGGAAAGCACAAAGAGCUCACUUUUUUGCAGAUAUGGAAGAGGAACCUUUUAAUCCUGACUAUGUUGAGGUGGAUCGGGUAUUAGAAGUGUCUCUUUGUGAAGAUAAAGACACUGGUGAGCCUGUUAUUUACUAUUUAGUAAAAUGGUGUUCGUUGCCAUAUGAAGACAGUACGUGGGAGCUGAAAGAAGAUGUAGAUCAAGCAAAAAUAGAAGAAUUUGAACAAUUGCAAGCUUCCAGGCCUGACUCAAGGAGAUUGGACCGACCACCUCCAAACUCCUGGAAGAAGAUAGAACAGUCCAGGGAAUAUAAAAAUGGCAAUCAGCUCAGGGAAUAUCAACUGGAAGGACUUAACUGGCUCCUAUUCAACUGGUACAAUAGGCGAAAUUGUAUUUUAGCAGAUGAAAUGGGCCUUGGCAAAACCAUUCAGUCCAUUACAUUCCUGUAUGAAAUCCUCCUGACUGGUAUAAGAGGCCCUUUCCUGAUCAUAGCUCCACUUUCCACUAUAACAAACUGGGAGAGGGAAUUCCGCACGUGGACUGACCUGAACGUUGUGGUGUACCAUGGAAGUAUGAUCAGCAGGCAAAUGAUUCAGCAGUAUGAGAUGUACUUCAGGGACUCCCAGGGCCGUAUUGUUCGAGGUACCUACAGGUUCCAGGCCAUUAUCACAACUUUUGAAAUGAUUCUUGGUGGGUGUCCAGAAUUAAAUGCAAUUGAGUGGCGGUGUGUUAUUAUUGAUGAAGCUCACAGACUGAAGAACAAAAACUGCAAACUUUUGGAAGGACUAAAAUUAAUGAACCUUGAGCAUAAAGUGCUGUUAACAGGUACCCCACUGCAGAACACAGUAGAAGAAUUAUUUAGCCUCCUUCAUUUUCUGGAACCAUUGCGUUUUCCUGCUGAAUCUACAUUCAUGCAGGAGUUUGGAGACCUUAAAACAGAGGAACAGGUUCAGAAACUACAAGCUAUCCUGAAACCCAUGAUGCUCAGGAGAUUAAAAGAAGAUGUAGAAAAAAAGCUGGCUCCUAAGGAGGAAACCAUAAUUGAAGUAGAACUAACUAAUAUUCAGAAGAAAUAUUACCGAGCAAUUUUGGAGAAGAAUUUUGCUUUCUUAUCCAAAGGAGCAGGGCAGGCAAAUGUACCCAAUCUGGUUAACACUAUGAUGGAACUCAGAAAGUGUUGUAAUCACCCUUAUCUCAUCAAAGGUGCUGAAGAGAAGAUCCUCGGAGAGUUUAAAGAAACAUAUAGUCCAAGUGCUCCUGACUUCCACCUGCAAGCAAUGAUACAGUCUGCUGGUAAAUUGGUUCUUAUUGACAAGCUUCUUCCAAAAAUGAAAGCAGGAGGCCACAAGGUCCUUAUCUUCUCUCAAAUGGUGCGCUGCCUUGAUAUUUUGGAGGAUUACCUUAUACAUAAAAGGUAUCUGUACGAGAGAAUCGACGGGCGCGUGCGAGGGAACCUCAGGCAAGCUGCCAUCGACCGCUUCAGCAAACCAGACUCGGAUCGCUUCGUCUUCCUCCUCUGCACCAGGGCUGGGGGCCUGGGCAUCAACCUGACUGCUGCAGAUACCUGCAUCAUUUUUGACUCUGACUGGAAUCCCCAAAAUGACCUGCAGGCUCAAGCCCGAUGCCACAGGAUUGGUCAGAACAAAGCAGUGAAGGUCUACAGACUGAUCACACGUAAUUCCUAUGAGAGAGAGAUGUUUGACAGAGCAAGUCUGAAACUGGGAUUGGAUAAGGCUGUCUUGCAGAGUAUGAGUGGAAGAGAAAACAGUGUUGGUGGUAUCCAACAACUCUCCAAAAAAGAAAUAGAAGACUUGCUUCGAAGAGGUGCCUAUGGUGCCAUUAUGGAUGAAGAGGAUGAAGGCUCCAAGUUCUGUGAGGAAGACAUUGACCAGAUUCUGCAGCGUCGGACUAAAACCAUCACAAUUGAAUCCGAGGGAAGAGGCUCCACGUUUGCCAAGGCUAGUUUUGUUGCAUCUGGAAACAGGACUGAUAUUUCACUAGAUGAUCCCAACUUCUGGCAGAAAUGGGCUAAAAAAGCAGAAAUAGAUAUUGACGCUAUCAGUGGUAGAAACAGCCUUGUUAUUGAUACCCCAAGAAUCAGGAAACAAACACGGCCCUUCAGUGCUACAAAGGAUGAGCUGGCAGAGUUGUCCGAGGUGGAGAGUGAGUGUGAUGAGAAACCAAAGCUCCGCCGGCCGUGUGACCGUUCCAACGGCUAUGGAAGGACAGAGUGCUUCCGUGUGGAGAAGAACUUGCUGGUCUAUGGGUGGGGUCGAUGGAGAGAAAUUCUGUCCCAUGGUCGCUUCAAGAGGCAGCUAAAUGAGCAGGAUGUGGAGAUAAUUUGCCGAGCCCUGUUAGCCUAUUGUCUCGUUCACUACAGAGGGGAUGAGAAAAUAAAGAGUUUUAUAUGGGAUCUCAUCACCCCAACAGAGGAUGGGCAAACACGAGAGUUACAGAACCACCUCGGCUUAUCAGCCCCUGUGCCUAGAGGAAGAAAAGGAAAAAAAGUGAAGACCCAGGCUAGCACUUUCGAUAUACACAAAGCUGAAUGGCUUCGAAAAUACAACCCAGAACAUCUGUUGCAAGAUGAAGGAUACAAAAAGCACAUAAAACACCAUUGUAACAAGGUCUUACUUCGAGUAAGAAUGCUGUAUUACUUAAAACAAGAAGUCAUUGGUAAUGAAUUCCAAAAGGUCUUCGAUGGAACUGAUGCCAGUGAAAUUGAUGUUUGGGUUCCUGAGCCAGACCACUCUGAAGUUCCUGCUGAGUGGUGGGAUGCAGAUGCAGAUAAAUCUCUCCUAAUUGGAGUUUUUAAACACGGUUAUGAGAAAUACAACACUAUCAGAGCAGACCCAGCUCUUUGCUUCUUGGAAAGAGUUGGAAAACCAGAUGAGAAAGCAGUUGCUGCCGAACAGAGAGCAAAUGAUUAUAUGGAUGGGGAUGUAGAAGAUCCAGAAUAUAAACCAGCACCAGCACUGUUUAAAGAUGACAUAGAGAAAAAUUUAUUUUUCCCAUGACUUGGUUUUCAUAUAGAUGGACAAAUGAUGGAAGGGGACAAAAUCUAUUGGCCCACUCAGUCUGCCUUAACAACGCGUCUGCGCCGCCUGAUAACAGCUUACCAACGAACAAGUAAAAACAGGCAGGCCCAGCAGAUGCAGCCAACAUUCCCAGUACAAACCAGUAUGAUGCAGCUUCCAUAUGAAGAAGCUGCACUAAAUCCAAAGAUGGCUGCUAAGAUUGAAAGACAGCAAAGAUGGACAAGAAGAGAAGAGGCUGACUUUUACAGAGUUGUGUCCACAUUUGGAGUGGUGUUUGACCCUGAAAGGGGACGGUUUGACUGGACCAAGUUCCGAGCGAUGGCUCGGCUGCACAAGAAAACUGAUGAGAGCUUGGAGAAGUACCUGUAUGCGUUUAUGUCAAUGUGCAGGAGGGUCUGUCGGCUCCCCUCAAAAGAAGAACUCGUGGACCCAAACAUUUUUAUCCAGCCCAUCACAGAGGAACGUGCUUCCAGGACUUUGUACCGCAUCGAGCUCCUGCGGAAAGUGCGAGAACAGGCUCUCAGACACCCCCAGUUGUUUGAGCGACUAAAGCUGUGCCAGCCAAACCCAGACCUACCUGUCUGGUGGGAAUGUGGGACUCAUGACAGGGAUUUACUUAUUGGAGCUGCUAAGCAUGGAGUUAGCAGGACAGAUUAUCAUAUUCUUCGUGAUCCUGAACUCUCAUUUAUGUCUGCCCAGAGGAACUAUAAUCAAAACAAAGUGGCUCUCUCAAGGACUUCUACUCCACUCUUGCACCAGUACCAGAUGGCAUUAUCUGCUUCUCCUCUUACACCUCAGUCAAGACUGUCAGAUGCUAAAGUGAAUGCUUUUGAGGAUGCAAAAGCUAAAAAUGAAAAUCUGAAAGAGGACCCUCAGUCUUCUGAAGAGGAAUCCAUGUCUACAGAGGAGACACAGACAAUACUGAAAUCUGAAACUUUGAGUCCCAAAAAUGGCACCCCAAUACAAAUUACAGACCACAGACCUAGUGUGAAGGCUGAGACAGACAGGCGCAUGGUGGCAGCAAGGACAGAGCCUCUAACUCCAAACCCAGCUUCCAAAAAACAGAGAGUCAGCAAAAGGGGGUCUGACUCUAGCUCUGACUCAGACUCUGACUCAGAUAGAUCAUCCUGUUCUUCCAGGUCAUCAUCUUCAUCCUCUUCGUCUUCCUCAUCUUGUUCCCAGUCUCGAUCUGGCUCUAGCUCUUCAUCAUCUUCAUCUUGUUCUUCAGCAUCUUCAUCCUCCUCCUCAUCGUCCUCAUCAUCAUCGUCGUCGUCAUCAUCAUCGUCUGAAGAGAGUGAUAGUGAUGAAGAGGAGGCACAAAAACGUGAGGGAACUCCACAUAUAAAAGCCUAUGAUGAAGAGAGUGUGGCCUCUCUGAGCACCACACAAGAUGAGACACAAGACAGUUUCCAGAUGAACAAUGGGACACCAAAUUCUGGUUAUCUCCUACAAGGUGGAUACAUGUUGGCUGCAUCCUACUGGCCAAAGGACCGAGUUAUGAUUAACAGGCUGGACAGCAUUUGUCAGACAGUGUUGAAGGGUAAAUGGCCUUCAGCCCGAAGGAGCUACGACAGCACGGCAGUGGCAUCGUUCUACACCACCAAACUGCUGGACAGCUCAGGGGCAGCUGCCGAGUACAGUGAGCCCAGUGCACCCACACCCCCUCUGGCAGCUGUAAAAGAAGAAUAUGACCAAUCACCCCAGCUGUCAAAGGUGAAGAAGCAUGUACGAGAAAAGGAGUUUACAGUGAAAAUCAAUGACGAAGGUGGUUUGAAAUUGACUUUUCAGAAGCAGGGACUGUCUCAGAAAAGGCCAUUUGAAAGCGAGGAGGGUGCAUUGGGUCAGCAGCAAUAUCUGGCUCGGCUACGUGAACUCCAGAAUGCUUCAGAAACCAGCCUUGUCAACUUCCCAAAAUCACUUCCCAAAUCAGGUACUUCCAGUCACUUAACAGCCAGUGCCAAUGGAGUCAUAGUUGACAGUCAGCCUGUAGUCAAAAAGAGACGAGGAAGAAGGAAGAAUGUGGAGGGGGUUGAUGUCCUCUUUAUGAAUAGAAAUAAACAGCCUAACCAUGUUAAUCCAGGUAUUAACUCCUGCCAGGUUGCUGCAGGAAUAAACCCAGCACUCACUUACACACAGUCCCAAGGCAUGCUCGAUGCAGAGAGCCCAGUUCCUGUUAUUAACCUGAAAGAUGGAACAAGGCUUGCAGGUGAUGAUGCCCCUAAAAGAAAAGACUUAGAAAGGUGGCUUAAAGAACAUCCUGGAUAUGUUGAAGAUUCAGGAGCUUGUAUUCCUAGGAUGCAGCUGCACGAUGGGAGGCCCAAACAAAAAAGACACCGUUGUCGAAACCCCAAUAAACUGGAUGUUAACAGUUUAACUGGUGAAGAACGUGUUCAGCUCAUAAAUAGAAGAAAUGCAAGAAAGGUUGGGGGUGCAUUUGCUCCCCCUCUGAAGGAUUUGUGCAGGUUCUUGAAAGAAAAUCCAGAGUAUGGAGUGGCUCCUGAGUGGGGAGAAGUUGUAAAACAGUCUGGCUUCCUCCCCGAGGGAAUGUUUGACCGCAUCCUGACGGGCCCGGUGGUGCGGGAAGAGGUGAGCCGGAGGGGGAGGCGCCCCAAGAGCGAGAUCGCCAAGGCCACGGCGGCUGCGGCGGCCGCCUCCGCCGCCAGCGUGCCCAUCAGCCCCCUGCUCGCCAACGGGCUGCUCCCGGGCGUGGACCUGCCCAGCCUGCAGGCCUUGCAGCAGAACCUGCAGAACCUGCAGUCGCUGCAGGUGACGGCGGGAUUGAUGGGAAUGCCGGCCGGCCUAGCUGCCGGAGGAGAGGCCAAGAACGUGGCUGCCAUGUUCCCCAUGCUGCUGUCAGGGAUGGCUGGGUUACCAAACCUGCUGGGCAUGGGAGGACUCCUGACAAAGUCGACAGAAUCCGUUUCGGAGGAGAAAAAGGGAAACGAGUCAAAGGACAUGGAUACAAAGAAAGAAAGGACAGAAGACCAAAAUACGGAUACUGGUGGUGAAAACUCUGUUUCGAGUUCUCCUUCAACAUCCUCUGCCGCUGCAGCUGCCAAUCCUCUCUCUCUUAACCCUUUACUUUUGUCCAACAUACUUUACCCAGGGAUGCUUCUCACUCCAGGCCUUAAUCUUCAUAUCCCAGCUUUGUCUCAGUCUAAUAUUUUUGAUGUACAGAACAGUGAAAGCAAUGACACAGGCUCAGCCAAGCCCACAGAAGAAAAGGAGGAAAAUUCUAGGGUUAGAGAUCAGGAAGACAAAGGGGGAACAGAGCCAAGCUCUCACAACGAAAACAGCACAGAUGAGGGUUCAGAGAAAGCAGAUGCUUCAUCUGGAUCUGACAGUACAUCAUCUUCAUCUGAGGAUUCGGAUUCGAGCGAUGAAGACUGACCCCAGACUCUGCACUUAAAUUAUAAACUGAUUUUGAAUUUAUUCUUUAAUUAUUUCAUUGUAAAUAACCCAGUGUUGAGUGCAUCAAUGAUUUACUGACCGAACAUUUCAGUAUUUGUUUAGAAGUGCAAACUGCUUUCAGAGACGUUUUGCAUGUAAUAUUUCUUGAAGUUCAUAAGUUUCUGAACUUGUAUGUACUAUCAAAUACACAAUGGUGUAAAAUUACAACAAAAGGCAUUAUAAUUUUGUUGGGGGGUUAAUUUUAUGAAAAUAAUGCUCAAGUAAGAGCUGUAUAUUUAAUAUAUUUGCAGUGAACACAGAAUACUUUAUGCAUAUUAUUGAUUUAAUUUGAAUAUAGUUUUACAGCCUCCUUGACACUUAUAAUUUACAGAUCAAAACUCAGCAAUAAUUUGGGCAGCUAAUGAAUGUCAUGAAAGCUGUAGAAUCUACAUCACCAUCCAUUGCUUUAAUUACAUGAAAAUGCUCUAGUGUUGUGAUGCACUGCUGUUUCCAAUUCAGGUACAAGUGUGUUUAAAAGAAGAUAAAUUUUUCCCAAUCAGCCAAUUAAACUGGCUACCUGUUACCUCAGCUGAGUUAGUUUAGGAAGUUUACAUUGGUUUCUAUUACUUGUUUUCAGGUUUUGUUUUGUUUUUUAAAGACAUCCUGUAUAGCAUGUUAAAAUCUGAGUUACUUGAGAUAAGACUGUUGGGGUUUUCUUUCCCCCUUAUUGCAGCUGUUCUCUUUGACAGCAGGAAGGGGAAAUUAAAGCAAAAAUUGUCUUAUCUCAUGCUACCUGGCACCAUGUAGGUCUAUUUAGUUUACACCUUGCAAAGUUUUGGGCUCCCUCUGCAGAAUUAAAAGUCCCAAAAUGAGGAGUAGUUUCCUCAAAACUCAGAAGAGGCAAACUGUCAUAAAGUGCCACUGAAAAGACCUUUCAACACUGCAUAAUUCAUGUAAAAAUUGUUUGUUUGCUUUGUUUGUGUAGAUUUCUAUUUGUGUUUUAUGUCAUAAACCUCCUGGAGUUCCCAGUUAAUAAUGGUAAAUAGAGUACAGAUAGUUUUGAACUCCUUUUGAGUUUAAACUUCUCUGCAGAUUUUAAUCUGACUAAAUAUUAAAUUUAUUAUCCAAAAUCAUUAUUGGGAUAUCACUUCAUAUAUUAUGCUGAGUUACCCACUAAAGAAAAAAGCACUUUGAAUAGUAAGGAAGACAAAUUAUUCCUAGAAACCACAGUAACAGGGCAUAAGGCAUCUGUUUUAAGUCCAAAUCCUUAGAACCCUUUACUAUAUAAAAUCUGUCUAAGAUUUGAUGUGUGAUAUGAUUCCUCCUUCUUCUUAAGCUGCUAUUACUCUGACACGGUCAAGGCCCAGAUUCACAUUUACAGAACUUCUGAACUGACUGAGACUUCAGUUGACCUUGGUUACAUCAAUUGCGGUCCAAGAAUAGGCAAGUGUUAAGAGAAAAUAGAUACAGGUACUAGUGAAAGUCAUGGAAAAAGCUUUACAAAGGGAUAAAUUUAAAAAUAAAAAAACAAAAACUGUAUAUUUUGAUAUAGUUCUGUUGCUUGCUUGUACAGUAAAACAACUGUGUUGUUUUUUAUCAAGAACUUUACCAAUGAAAUAUAAGUUUCUAUGUGCAAAUUAAAUAGCCCCAUGAUUAGAAACAGUAUUAGAUGUAAUUACACAAUUAUACAAGUACCAUUUGGAUUGUGCUGGUUACGUAUUUUCCCAGAUAGUAUUCUGAUUUUUGGCCCUUCAUGCAGUGUCUUAGCAAUAGUGAAAAUCAAAAACUGCCAAGAGAAGGGGGUAGCCAAUUCUUCAUCAUUAAAAUAAAAAGUAUUUCAUAUUAAAUAUUUUGCCCUUUGUAAUAUAGCACUUUUAUUUAACUAGGAUGCAUCUAUGAAAUAGCCAAAGUUUUACAAGCAGUUAUUAACUUCGUUUGCUGAUGGAGUAUGUCAACAAUACCAUCACUUCCCACCCUUCCCCCACAAAACAAGUCCUAAAUCUUGUGGCUAAAACCUAAUUUAUAUCAGAUUUAUGAAAUAAAGUAUUUUCCUAUUAUGGUCAAGUAAGUUUGGUUACUGUUCUAGUGAUUCUUUCUAUGUAAUAAGGCAAUUACAGUUUCAAGUAAUGAAGGCUGGUGUAGACUUGAACAUAAUUAUAUUUGGGUUAUUUUUCAUCAGUUUGAUCCAGAGGGGGAAAAAGUGUCCCACUAUCAGCUAAACUAUAUGCAAAUAUGGUUGUAUAAAGUUAAGGGUUAUAAGGAAACCUCAGUAGAAUUACACUAAUACUGAAGUUAAAAUGAAAAGGAUAUCCAAGGUGAUGAUAAAGUGUGUGUUGGUAGUUACUAAAAAAAAACCUUAGCUGUUAUUGCCUUGUAUUUCUAUCCCUUGUUUCAGGCUUCAUGAUCCAAGUCUUAGUCCAGGUUUUUUUUGGACAUUUGCAAUAUUUGCCAGUUGUGUUCUGUGUAGUCUGAAUUUGCUUUCUGUAGUUGAACAAGCGUCUUAAAAAGUCAUUUGUAAUUUAUUGAAUUACUUUCUAUGAUGUUCUAUAGAGCAAAUGGAAGUUUAAUUAUUUUUUAUUAAACAUAUUCUUUGACUACCCGUGAUGUCUGCCUCAGUAUGUGAAAGUAAUGCUGUGUAAGGAUUAAACGUGGAUCUUCCAGGAGCAAAACUCAAGUUUUAGUGCUAAGUUUUAAAACUGAAAUUAUUCUUAAGACCUUUAAAACCCUGCAAACAAGCAAAGGACAUAACACUCACAACCUACUGCCCAAGACCAUGGUUUACUCUUACAGAAUUUUACUGGGAAUCAGUUGCCUCUAAUUCUCUUGUCUUACAAUCAAAAGCUGUUUUUCCCACACUACUUAUGGUUAGAAAAUAAUGUAUGGUCUAGGUUCUGGUUCAAAAGUUACCUUAAUUUUAAAUAAGCAUCUUGGCAGUGAAGUAAGUACCUUUUCAGUCUUCUUUUAAAAAAACUUUGCAUUACUUUCUACAUCUUUAUUAAAACUUCUAAUUGUGCACACAGCACUUAACUAUUGCAUGUAUUUCACACAGGGCACAGAUGUUUCUCCUGAAUCCGAGUUGUCUCCUGCUUGUCUGGUGCCACCUUGUUUUAACCUGGCAUUGCAUUUGAAUGAUUCAAUGGUAUCCUUAUUUAUUUCAGCCUGAAUUUUGUCUUCAUCCUCAUCAUCCUUUUUGAGCUUCUUCUGCAGAUCUGUACACAGGUGAUAAAAGUUCACAUAUACAUGA